AUGGAAGAGGUGUGGAAAGAUAUCAAUCUGUCAACCCUGAACGAUCCCCAUGGAGCCUCCAACGCCGAUUACCGCAGCGUCAUCUUUCAAGACUUUCUGGCUCGAUCUCCCUAUGAUUCUCCCUCUUCCCAAGACAUCUCCUCCUCCUCUCUCUCUCCCGCCUCUCCUCUCGUCACCGCCCUCAGCCUCGGCUCCGUCGGCCCUCGCUUCCCCUUCGUUGACACCCUUCCUAAACCCACCAACUCCCACCCCGCGAGCCUCCCGUCUUUAACUCCUAAUCAUCCCUUUUCCUCUUUCCCUUGCGCUUCUGCUUCGCCCUCCUUUCGAUACAAGAGGCAGUUUCCUGAGUCUGAUAUUCAUGAUCCCAAUAACCCUCCUAUUUAUAAUGUUAAUAAUCACAGCGAUAGCUCGGGGAGUGAGCGACACAAGCGUAUGAUUAAGAAUCGGGAAUCCGCUGCUAGAUCCCGAGCUAGGAAGCAGGAAAAGACUGCCUUUUGA